CGGACUCUGAGCUUUCUGUUCCCGACCGGCUGAACGACAACAUCCUGCGACAUGGACAACGCAGACAACCUGUUUCAUCCCAGCCUGGCAGCGGCUCUAAUGAAGCUUGAUCCAGACGAUGGCGAGCAGAUCAUGGAGUAUUUUAAAACUCAUGCCCUGCUGAGCAGAGAGAAAGCACUCCUGCAGGCAUCAGUGAGAGACCAGAAGAAGCUGCUGGUGGAAAACGCCAAACUGAAGAAAGACAUCGAACAGCUGCGAAAUCAACUGCAGGACAAACAAAGAAGACGCACUGCCAGGGCCUUGCUCUCCCCGGCCCCGCCUCCUGCAUCUCUUAGCUCCACCUCCACAACACCUGUCAAUCAACCUGCCUCUCCUGCUGAAGCACUGGCUGCUGUUCCUACGAAUCCUCAUCCUCCCUCCACUUUCUCACAAGAUCGGAGAGACAGACAGAGCAGGAGGAGGAGGGGUGACAAAAAAGCUCGUCCCAGUUCUGAUCUUCUCUCUCUGGGGGCGGAGCCUCGGGUUGACGUGUCUCGUCUUGACCUGAGGGUUGGACGGAUCCUGAGCGUCCGCCGCCACCCGCUGGCUGAGACAAUGUCCAUCCAGGAAGUGGACAUGGGAGAAAACGCCCCCCGGACGGUCGUCAGCAAGCUGGGAGGGAAAAUACACCUGGAGGAGCUCCAGGGUGGUCUAGUUGUGCUACUAUGCAAUGUAAAGGCCUGUAAGAUGAGGGGCGUGGCCUCCCAGGCCCGCCUCCUCUGUUGCUCCACCUCUGACGACUGCAUCGAACUACUCGCCGCACCCAUGGGCUCCACACCUGGAGACAGAGUCACCUUCCUCAACUACCCUGGUGACCCAGACAGAGAGCUGCCGUCCAAGCAGAGGGUGUGGGAGCUUCUUCAGCCCGACCUCCAGGUGGACUCCAGGGGUGUGGCCAACUAUAAAGGUUGUGGGUUCGAGGUGAAGGGGAAGGGGCUGUGCCGAGCCCCUUCCCUCACCAACUGCAUCAUCAGGUAGACCUAAUGAGGGCCCCAACACACAGGGCAGGACGAGGUGAAGACAUGUGCAGAGUACUUUUAUUGUGAAAGGCCUGGUCUGCUGUGGCAAGGCAGCAGCAAA